AUGGUACCCUCCGCAAAACCGUCACUCUCACAAGUGACUUUUCGGAUCCCCUCGUUAAUUUGGGCCUUUACUGAAAGUGAUUUCGCUACUUUUGUUGUCCCAAACACGGCCUUUGGGAUCCUGGGGGCCGUUGCAGCAACCUCCCUCUCAGCAGGGGUUCGGCCCUCGGGAUUGGAAAUACUCCAGCGGCUACCAAUAGUUCUCGUCUUCAACUGGGCCAAUUUGCUCUCGUUUGAUCUUGCGAAUCAGCGGGCUCCCGAAUCCGUUGCUGAAGACCGCAUCAACAAGCCGUGGCGACCGAUCCCCGCGGGCAGAAUCACCAGCGAUCAGACGCGCCACCUCAUGCUCAUCUCGGUACCGCUUACACUCUGCCUCAACUACUACCUCGGCGUGUGGGAACAAGGGUUAGUUAUCCACAUCAUCACCUGGCUUUACAACGACUUGAGAGGGAUGGACGAGGCCUUCGUCCGCGAGAUACUGAUAUCCGUCGGCUAUGCCAUGUACAACAGCGGCUCGCUACAGAUUGCACUUGGCAACCAGGCUAACAUCAAUCGGAACGGCAUGAUUUGGACGUGCGUUAUUAGCAGUGUCAUAUUGACCACCAUGCAGAUCCAGGACUUAAAGGAUCAGGCGGGGGAUCGCCUUCGGGGCCGCAAGACGGUGGCCUUAUUUCUGGGAGACGAGAUAUCCAGAGGGUCAAUUGGUUUCUUUGUGUGGUUCUGGACUUGUGUCUGUGCCGUAUUUUGGGACCUUUCGGCCAUGUCCUGCGCCGUACCAGGAAUCCCCGCGGCGGUGGUGACAUGGAGGGUGCUCACGAGGAAGAGUUGGGAAGACGACCGCCAAAGCUGGCAACUGUGGUGCCUUUGGUUGCUUGGUCUAUAUUCCUUGCCCUUGCUUGGACCGUAUAAUGGCUGAGUCGAUGUCUCAGCGUAUGGCAUGGGACAGAAGACGUCGAUCAGGCGCGCCGCAAGGCUGCAGAUGUUCAACAAACCAGCUUGAUCGCCUGGCAGCCGGAUGUGUACGUUAGUGCUGACGUGCGUAAUCCAUCCCACUAUUCACAUUCAACAGUCGCGCUACGUGGAUGGAUGGAGGAGCGGAAGGUAAC